AUGUCGACUCCGACAUCAACUCCCUGUCCAAAGCUACUCAGGUUUCCCAGGGAAAUCCCCUCUCGCGGCAUAAUCCUUGGCCAGCUGAUAAACUCUCGACUCAAUGUCCUGCCACUGAACAGUCGGCCCAUUGGCAUAAAAGCCCUCGAGCCCUGUAUGCUGGUGGCAUACUCGAUCUUGAAGGUGCAUCCAUUCCUCGCGGACUUGCUGAAUCUCGUUGCAGUUGGCGGUCUGCUUGGGACGAUGUUGGUGGCAGAAUCUCUUGACGCUCAAGGUGACGCAGUUGCACUUGAAGAGAUUGACUUCCCAUUCACACAUGAUUUCGGCUGA